AUGGCUGUGGUUCCACAAGAAGCCAUAGGUCAAUUUGAAGCACUAAUGGAGGAAGUUGAUGAGCCACUCAAGAAAACUUUCCAGAAUGUCCAUCAAGGUUAUCCUCAUGAAACGUUGAUACGGUUCUUGAAAGCAAGGGAAGGAAAUGUCACCAAGGCCCACAAGAUGUUAGUUGAUUGUUUGAACUGGAGGGUGGAAAACAACAUCGAUAGUAUGGUAGCAAAACCCAUUGUUCCUGAAGAUCUUUACAGAGGAAUACGUGACUCACAGCUUAUAGGGCUGUCCGGUUACACAAAUGAGGGCUUCCCUGUAUUUGCUGUUGGAGUGGGCUUGAGCUCAUUCGACCGAGCAUCCGUAUGUCGCACACAAAUCCCUCAGAUCUGCUGUCAGGUAUUCCAAAAAGCCAAG